AGCUGUGACUUUUGAUCAUUUAAGUGGGGUAUCUUCGUGAAAUUGAAAAUACAGAGCUGGGUCGAUCACUAAAUAUCGAUUAUUGAUGGGGAAUGCUAAAUCCCCACGGCUCUCCUCGCCCUUGGAGUCUGUUCAGGAUAUGCACACCUUGUGUUUGUUAGAUGUUGCGACUUAAAAGAUAUCCUUUGUAGCUCUCUCUCCCUCUGCGUUUCAAGCUUCCGACUAUUGAAACCCGCAGUAGUGUUAGGCUGGUUGGGAAUGGUAAGAAACAAGAGGAUAUGAUGAGACCCACAACGGUUUCUUCGGCUCAGUGGGGAACCCCCGGCGUUUACAUUCAGCGACCUCUCUCUACUUCUCAAAAACUGCCAGAUGUUCUACGUUUAUCUAUUUCAUCCAAAAUCGUUCGCAACGUUGAAGUCCAUUGUAACACCAGCAGCCUUUCAAGGACUGGUUCAGUAUGUGAUCCUGGUUGGAUCCUGCGACCGAUGGCAACCCCCAUCAACUGCAUGAUUAUGUCUGCAAUGAACCAUGAUUGUGUCUGCCAAUUCCAUAUUCUCAAUCACAAAGCUAUGACAGCACUGCCAGUGAGAAGGGAGUGUAUUGGUGGCAUUGCCCGAGCCUGUUCUGCCACUGCCUCACUGAUGACAUCUUCAUCAACCCAACUCCUCCUUCGUCCCCCUGCACCACUGGUAGUGGCCAACCAAAUCCCCUUUAAUACCCCACAGCGCUCAGAAGAAUGGUUUGCACUCCGUAGGGACAAGCUGACAACUAGCACCUUCAGUACUGCUCUGGGAUUUUGGAAGGGCAACCGCCGUUCUGAGCUUUGGCAUGAGAAAGUAUUCACAUCGGAUGCUGGAUCCAUUACUGCUGCUGGAAAAGCUGCCAUGGCAUGGGGUGUGCUCAACGAAUCUGCUGCAAUAGAGCGGUACAAGGGUAUCACAGGUCAUGAUGUUAGUUCCCUUGGGUUUGCAGUGCAUGCAGAGGACAAGUUCAAAUGGCUUGGUGCCUCCCCGGAUGGGCUUCUAGGGUGUAGUCCUGGGGGUGGGGUUCUGGAGGUGAAGUGCCCAUAUAAUAAGGGGAAGCCUGAACUUGCUUUGCCAUGGUCAACUGUGCCUUUCUAUUAUAUGCCUCAGGUGCAGGGUCAGAUGGAGAUCAUGGAUAGAGAAUGGGUUGAUUUGUAUUGCUGGACUCAAAAUGGGAGUACAAUCUUCCGUGUUUGCCGAGAUCAGGAAUAUUGGAAGCUGAUUCAUAGGAUUCUGCAGGAAUUUUGGUGGGAGAAUGUUGUACCUGCAAGAGAAGCUUUUCUGCUUGGGAAAGAGGAGGAUGCAAAGGCCUACGGACCAGCUCCCACACACAAGCAGACAGGGCUGGUUAUUAGUAAGAGCUUGAAAUUGGCUUCUGAGGCGAAGCUGAUAUGCAGGGACAUUGCUGGCCACACACAGUUUUACAAGUGAUGGACUUCAGUGCAAGGAUGACAUAUUGGUUCCAUCAUUCAUGUUUCAAUUGGCCUAGAAGCUCUCAUUGCAUUGUAUUUAUAUUUUUCAUAUUUUCUGAUUUGAAAGAACAAGAUGUUGUUUCACAUCAUUAUCUUCCUCUCAAUUCUCUCAAAACCGACGGAUCCUUGUUUCGCAGCCUACUAGUAAUCCAAAUUUUCCAUGAUCAA